AUGAAAUGGAUACGCGUGCUGAACCAGGUUGACAGCAUUCGCCUCCCCCGUUACUACAUCGGCAAAACUGUCUCCUUGGCUCUGGGAUCCGUCCAACUUCACCUCUUCGUGGAUGCAAGUGAAGAAGCCUACGCAGCUGCCGCCUACUUCCGGUUCACACUUCUCGACGGAACGAUCAUCUGUAGCCUCGUCGCGGCGAAGACCAAAGUGGCUCCCCUUAAGCCGCUUUCUAUACCUCGAUUGGAACUGCAAGCGGCAGUCCUCGGCGCAAGGCUAGCCAUCUUUAUUGGAGAAAAUCAUACAAUUUCAAUCGAAAGAAGGGUUUUCUGGUCAGACUCCAGCACAGUCCUAGCAUGGAUUCGAUCAGACGCCCGUAGAUACCGGCAGUACGUAGCCUGCCGUAUUGGAGAACUACUCACAAUUACGGAAGCUAGUGAGUGGAAAUGGGUUCCUACCAAUAUGAAUAUUGCAGAUGAAGCCACGAAGUGGGGUAGUGGCCCCUGCCUAUCUACGAACGGAAGGUGGUUCCAAGGACCGCAGUUUCUGUAUUCUCCUGAGCAGCAUUGGCCACAACAAAGUCACAUGAAAAACAUUUGUACGGAGGAAGAACUUCGAUCCUGUUUCGUUAACAAUGUCUCGCGGCAUGUACCGUUGAUUCCAGUUGAACGGUUCUCUCGCUGGAUUCGGCUUCUAAGAGCUACUGCCUAUGCGUUGCGGUUUAUCUACAAUGUACGGAGGACCAAACAACAGCGAAACACUGGACCAUUGGGCUCAGAGGAAAUGCGUGAGGCUGAGAACGUUCUUUGGCGGCUCUGCCAAGAAGAAUCGUUCCCGAGUGAGAUUUCACAACUAAACUCAAAGAAAUCUGAAGUGUCGAAAUCAUCACCUAUUGCCAAUUUGUCGCCCUAUCUUGACGAACUCGGAGUACUGCGGCAAAAUGGUCGAAUCGGCUCGGCCUCCUACGUUGGAUUCAAUACGAAGUUCCCGAUAAUCCUGCCAAAGGCACAUCGGAUUACUGUUCUACUCCUUGAAGACUUCCACCGCCGAAACCAUCAUAUAAAUGUUGAAACUGUCGUGAACGAAAUAAGGCAAAACUUCUACAUCCCACAGCUCCGCACUGCAGUACGGAAAACGGCAAGAAAUUUCCAAUGGUGUAAGAUCUACAAGUCACAGCCGUCUACUCCAAAGAUGGCACCACUACCAGCUGCAAGAUUAGCAUCCUUUGAACGGCCGUUCUCAUACGUUGGAGUGGAUUUCUUCGGUCCAAUACUAGUGAAGGUGGGACGAAGACACGCAAAACGCUGGGUGGCCCUCUUUACGUGCCUGACUAUAAGAGCGGUCCAUCUUGAAGUUGCGCAUAGCCUAAGUACGGAGAGUUGCAUCACCUGUUUUCGUCGUUUCAUCGCUCGUCGAGGAGCCCCCUUGGAAGUUUACAGCGAUAAUGGCACCAACUUUCAAGGUGCCGAGAAACUUCUUCGAGAGCAAAUAAACAACGGGUUAGCAGAGUCUUUCACGAACUCCAAUACCAAGUGGUUCUUCAACCCUCCCUCAGCCCCGCACAUGGGUGGAGCUUGGGAGAGGAUGGUGCGCUCUGUAAAAGCCGCUAUAGAAAACAUCGACACCGGGCGGAAACUAAACGACGAAGGACUUCUGACGCUACUGACAGAAGCGGAGGGUAUCGUCAACUCCAGACCGUUAACCUACUUGCCACUGGACUCGGAAGAACAAGAAGCUUUGACGCCGAACCACUUCUUACUUGGAAGCACAACUGGUGUCAAACAACCACAACUGGAAGCAGAUUCGUCAUCAGCUGGACAUUUUUUGGAACCGCUGGCUAAGAGAGUAUUUGCCGACCAUCUGCCGGCGCACAAAGUGGUUCAGCGAUACCAAACCCAUCGAGGUGGGAGACUUAGUACUCGUAGCGGAAGGUACUAA